AUGAUCAAUACGUGCAGGAAUUUAAAUAUAUAAUUACAAUUGCUACGGCUCAAGAAAUAAAAAGACGACGUAUAGCCGCAGCAGCUGCUGUGAUAUAUUCUGUACAGAAUAAAAAACGGCAAUAUGCGAAGAAAAAAUAUUGGGUAGCACCCAUUUUUCAAAGUCGAAAAGAACACAGUUUUUAUUUUGCUUCAGUUCCAAAAUUGAAAUUGGAAGACCUUCGCUUUCGCAACUAUUUUAGAAUGAGCACAACUCAGUUUGAAGAAUUAUUACAAAUUCUUGCUCCAAAAUUGCAGAAGCAAAAUGUUAUUCGGGAAAUCAUCUCCCCAUCCGAACGCUUAGCACUGACAUUGAGGUACUUAGCAUCCAGUGAUUCCAUGAUUUCGAUGUCGUAUCAGUACCUUGUGGGAGUUACAACAGUUAGCAAUAUCAUUCAAGAAACAUGUACACUAAUUUGGGACAGUUUGUAGCCUUCAGUUCUAUCUGGCCAAAUAGAAGAAAAAGACUGGAUAGAUAUAGCCAACGAUUUUGAAAAAUGGAAUUUUCCACACUGCAUUGGAGCCAUCGAUGGCAAGCACGUUAUCAUCCAAUGUCCCAAUAACGCUGGAUCAACGUACUUCAAUUAUAAGCAUACGCAUAGUAUAGUUUUGAUGGCCAUCUGUGAUUCGAAUUACAUCGUCCGUUUCGUAGAUAUCGGAGCAUACGGACGACGCAGCGAUGGAGGUAUAUUUAAAGACAGCACCAUAGGAAAAGUCUUUGACAAAGGUGACAUGAAUGUUCCGCAGCCGGCUGCUAUUUCAGAUAGUUUUGUUCUACCAUAUUGUCUUGUGGGAGACGAAGCUUUUCCUUUGAAGCCAUAUUUGCUUCGUCCAUACCCAGGCAGAGGUCUGACAAUGGAACAAGCUGUCUUUAAUUAUCGUUUAAGCCGAGUACGAAGGUUAAUCGAAAAUACCUUUGGUAUACUCGUCAGCCAGUGGCGAGUAUUCAGAAAACCAAUUAUCGCUAAUCCUGAAACUGCUGUGGAAAUAGUAAAGGCAACCGUAUGCUUGCAUAAUUGGCUUCGGAUAAAUGACAUUAAUGUUAACGAAUACGUACCUAUCGGUAUUGUUGACUUUGAUAAUCCAAGCACUCCAAGUGGAUUCAAUGCAGGAUCUUGGAGAAAUAUUAUGGAAGAUGGCUGUGCUUUCAAAGAUUCUGGAAACUGUAGCAGUAAUAUGAGUGCCCGAGAAUGUGUCAAUAUUCGCAAUGAAUUUUGUUGCUAUUUUAAUAAUGAAGGAGCAGUGCCAUGGCAGUACAAUCGUGGAAGUUAA